ACGUAACUUAAUUUUCUAGCAUGUGUCAAAAUUCACGAAUCAACGCACAACGCUCACAUUUCGUACCUGGACAUCGCAAAAAAAAAAAAAAAAAAAAAAAAAAAGAGCCGAAAAUUAAAAUUAAAAUAAAAGUUGUCAUCUCUGGUUUGCAGUUCAGAAUUUCAGUUGAUUUUUAGGAGUUUCUUUAGCUGUUCUUUAUGGGUGCUCCAAAGCAGAAAUGGACACAAGAAGAAGAGGCUGCACUAAAAGCUGGGGUUAUUAAACAUGGAGCUGGCAAAUGGCGCACAAUACUUAAAGACCCGGAAUUCAGUGGUGUCUUGUAUAUGCGUUCUAAUGUUGAUCUCAAGGACAAGUGGAGAAAUAUGAGUGUGAUGACCAAUGGAUGCGGAUCACGGGAAAAGUCUAGGUUAGCUAUCAAAAGAACACCACAUGCCCCUAAAUUGGAGGAGGACUCUUUGUCUCUUGCUGCUAAUGCUUCUUUAAGCGAUGAGGAAGAAAUUCAAGAUGUUAAGCCAGUCCCAGUUGCCAGUGGUAUGCCACAGAUUGCUGCUGCUCCAAAGGGAUCUAUAGUAAGGUUGGACAACCUUAUAAUGGAGGCUAUAACCACCUUGAAGGAGCCUGGGGGUUCUAAUAAGACAUCCAUUUCUGCAUACAUUGAGGAGCAAUACUGGGCACCUCCAGACUUUAAGAGGCUACUGACAGCUAAAUUGAAGUAUUUAGCAGCAACAGGGAGGCUCAUUAAGAUAAAACGCAAGUAUAGGAUUGCUCCCACAAUACCAUUUUCUGACCGAAGAAGAAAUUCUUCCAUGUUAAUCAUAGAGGGAAGGCAAAGGGUUUCUCCUCAAGUUGAUGAUGAUGAUGUUAAUAUUCCUACACAAUCUCAGAUUGAUUUAGAGUUAGCCAAGAUGAGGAGUAUGACUCCCCAAGAGGCUGCUGUUGCUGCUGCUCGAGCAGUUGCUGAGGCUGAAGCUGCCGUAGCAGAAGCUGAAGAAGCGGCAAGGGAGGCAGAGGCUGCAGAAGCUGAUGCAAAUGCAGCACAAGCUUUUGCAGAAGCUGCAAUGAAGACACUAAAAGGAAGAAACAACCAAAAGAUGAUGAUAAGAGCGUGAUGGAAAUUAAGGAAGCAACUACAAAGCUUUGUAGACUCAACAAAUCGCUGCCAUCCAGAAUGGACAAUGACGAGCAAUUGACAAGUGUAUUUUCUAGUUGACUUGCUGUGACAUCAAUGUCCUUUGGUGACAUUUGUCUGUAUACCUAAAUACUACUAGGCCUUUUGGGACAGGUCUGUGCAGGAUGACCUUUACAUAAUGCCAUAUACUAUUAAAUUGGUAGAUAACAAAUAGUUUUUUUCUUGUUGACCAUUUGGAAGAUGGGUCAUAUCCUGCUUUUUUUAUCUUCAUGUUGGCUUAGGUAGGAUCUUCUUGUUUGUAGCUGGUAUUUAUUGAUUUUUGGAAAUCUGAAAAUGCAGCAAAAUGCAUAGAAUUAGAGUGUAGAAAGAAGUAAUAAACAGUUGGAUUCGUAGUUUCAGACUGAGAUGUCUGUUAUGUAACCCUUCUUUCUCCAUGCCUUCGGGAAAUCUGUGAUGGAAGUGACUGUAUCCGUAUUCUUGAUGGUUUUUCUGCACCUAAUUAUGAAUAAACCAUGUUUCGGGUUUCUCAUACA